CUGCCUCAGUAUUCUCAAUGCGGUUGACAGUCACGUGACUUCGUUUCCCACCAAUCGCUGGGGUUGAGCUGUUGCGCGGGAUCCUCCCAGGUGCAGCGCGCGGACCCUGGUGCGCGUGACACGUCCCAGGUGCGGCCUCGCGCGUUAAUCGGAUUAUACGGGUAAAGGGAGAGAGGAGAAACGUGGGAGGAAGGCUCGUCAUUAGUGGACGGACCCGUGGACGGAAGUGUAUCCGUGAGGAGAAGAGGGAUAUCGCUACCUCACAGGGAGCAACCCCACCCCCAGGACAGGAUUGAACUUGACCUGGAUCUGUAGACUUUCACUGCUGAAGGGAGAUACCAAAUGUUUAUACGGGGGGAGCAUUGAGAUUACCCAAAGCCGUUUUUUUUUUUUUUUUUACACUGCGCUUGGAACUCGGGCCUGCUCGCUCCCCCUCUACCUGUGACACCUGCUCUGGAGGGAACAUUACAGGCUGCCAGUGGCUGUGUCUUUUUUGAGUGGGCGUGGCUGUGGGCACCUGAGGUGGGCGUGUCUGUGUGUGGGAUUAGUGUAGGAGUGGGAGUUUGUGAGUGCUGCUAGUUCUUGUCAGUGGGGGAGUUGUGUGCUGCUCCUGGGAGUUGUGUACAUACAAGUGCUUGGCCAGGCCUGUGGUGUUGUGUGUGUGUGACCCCUGUGUGCAUGGGAGCUGACAGGUGGUGUGUGUGUGAGUGUGCAGGCCGUGAGUGUGUGGGUGUUGUGUAAGUGCUGCAGCUGGUGGGUAGGUACAGACAGAGGGCUGUGUGAUUGUGUGCGGCCGCUGCAGCUCUAUAGUGUGGGUGUGUUACUUUUGUGUGGCUGUGGGAGGUUGCAUUUGCUUUGCUCUGCAGCAUGUGACUCACUGCAGUUUGUGUGUGUUUCACUGUCGCCUCGGGGCGCCCGGUAUGCCUUGUAGCGUGCGACACUGAGCAUCUCGUCUGACUGGGGAGCUGCAGUGUGUGUGUGUCUCAUGAGUCUGUCUUAGUGUUGCUGCAGUGGAUGCACACGUAGAUCAUCCCUCUGAUUGUGUAUCUGUAGUGUGUGUGUGUGUAUCACUGUUUCUGGACUAAAAUGUGCCACUAGCACAAGCAAUCGUGUGUGAAUCUGUCUGUUGGCAACGACCCAUGUGACCCCAUUAACCCGUGUGCACUGUGACGUCACACACACAAGCUUGAGAUCAUGGCAUCGGACCCCCCAGCUCGGAGUUUGGAUGACAUCGACUUGUCUGCGCUGCGGGAUCCUGCUGGAAUAUUUGAACUGGUUGAAGUUGUUGGAAAUGGAACUUAUGGACAAGUGUAUAAGGGCCGCCAUGUGAAGACUGGCCAGCUGGCUGCUAUUAAAGUCAUGGAUGUGACAGAGGACGAGGAAGAGGAGAUAAAGCAGGAAAUUAAUAUGCUGAAGAAGUAUUCUCAUCAUCGCAACAUUGCAACCUACUAUGGAGCCUUCAUCAAGAAGAGCCCACCGGGCAAUGAUGACCAGCUGUGGCUGGUCAUGGAGUUCUGCGGAGCCGGUUCAGUGACUGAUCUGGUCAAAAACACCAAAGGAAAUGCCCUGAAGGAAGACUGCAUUGCCUAUAUCUGCCGGGAGAUUCUGCGGGGGCUGUCUCACCUCCACGCUCACAAAGUGAUACACCGAGACAUCAAAGGGCAGAAUGUGCUCCUCACAGAGAAUGCCGAGGUGAAACUGGUGGACUUUGGGGUGAGUGCUCAGCUUGACCGCACAGUGGGGAGAAGAAAUACCUUUAUAGGGACCCCAUACUGGAUGGCCCCCGAAGUGAUUGCCUGUGAUGAGAACCCAGAUGCCACCUAUGAUUACAGGAGUGACAUCUGGUCCCUGGGAAUCACUGCUAUAGAAAUGGCCGAGGGAGCUCCACCACUCUGUGACAUGCACCCCAUGAGGGCUCUGUUCCUUAUCCCCAGGAAUCCACCCCCGAAACUUAAAUCCAAAAAGUGGUCCAAAAAGUUCAUUGAUUUCAUCGACACGUGUCUGAUCAAGAACUACAUGAGCAGGCCGCCCACCGAGCAGCUGCUGAAGCACCCCUUUAUCAGGGACCAGCCGACAGAGAGGCAGGUCAGGAUCCAGCUGAAGGAUCACAUAGACAGAUCCAGGAAAAAGCGAGGUGAGAAAGAUGAGACCGAAUAUGAAUACAGUGGCAGCGAGGAUGAGGAGGAGAACCAUGGAGAGGAGGGAGAACCAAGUUCAAUAAUGAACGUGCCGGGGGAAUCCACUUUGAGACGGGAGUUCCUGAGGCUUCAGCAGGAGAACAAAAGUAACUCUGAGGCCCUGAAGCAGCAGCAGGUAGGAGCUCAGCACCGGGACUCUGAGGCGCACAUCAAGCAGCUGCUCCAUGAGAGGCAGAGACGCAUAGAGGAGCAAAAGGAAGAGCGCCGCCGAGUGGAAGAGCAACAGCGGCGGGAGAGAGAGCAAAGGAAACAGCAGGAGAAGGAGCAGCAACGGAGACGUGAUGAUAUACGCCGGGAGGAAGAGAGGAGGAUGGCCGAGAGAGAGCAGGAAUAUAUCAGGCACAAGUUAGAGGAAGAACAGAGACAGUUAGAAAUCCUUCAGCAGCAGCUUCUACAGGAGCAGGCACUAUUACUGGAGUACAAGCGGAAGCAGCUGGAGGAGCAGAGACAGUCGGAGCGCCUGCAGAGACAGCUUCAGCAAGAACAUGCUUAUCUCAAGUCCCUUCAGCAGCAGCAGCAGCAGGAAAAGAAGCCUCUUUACCAUUACAACCGGGGGGUUAUGAACCCCAGCGAGAAACCGGCCUGGGCUAGAGAGGUAGAGGAGCGUUCGAGGCUCAACAAGCAGAGUUCCCCACUAUCUAAACUAAGCUCGGUGGAGUCUGCUGGGAACCCAUCACAAACACCACCCUCACAGCGGCCUCCAGAGAUACAGGAGCACAAGCCACUUCGCAUUACUCCUCAGAACCGUGCAGCACUCAGGCCAACUCCCCGACCCAACUCCUUGCAGGACCCGCUGGCACCCCCUGUCCGUCAUGCUCCUGUUCCCCUUCCUGCCAACCGGAAUCACCAUUCCCGCCAGAGCUCUGACCCAUCCCCUGAUGAAGGGGUGCCACCCUCUUCUCGUCUAGAGAGGGGACCCUGGGUGAAACUGGAGCCCGAGGUGCACCCUCCCAAGGUUCCCCAGAGAACAACGUCAAUAGCCACAGCACUGAAUACAAGUGGUUCAGGAGGGAGCCGGCCAGUGCAGGCCGUGAGAGCCAGUAACCCAGAUUUGCGAAGAGCAGAGAGUGGCUGGGAGAGAGGAGACUCUUUGCUACAGUCCCCGCACCCUAACUUGCCACAGGCUGGCUCUCUGGAGAGGAAUCGCAUAGCCCCCCACAAGCUGGAGGAAUCCUCGAUUAGUCCUCCAGGGAGCAAAACCCCAGGAGAAGAGCAUCGAUCGCGGCCUGGGCGCCCAGCAAGCUAUAAGAGAGCCAUAGGAGAGGAUCACCUACUGGUGAAGGACCGGCCUGAAGAUGUGCCGAAACCUCCCAAGAAAGCCUUGGACUACUCUUCCUCCAGCGAUGAACUGGACAGUAGUGAUGAAGAGGAAGAAGAGGGCGAUGCUGAGAGGCAGGAGCCCAACAGGGACAGUUCAGGAGCCAGCAGGAGUGGUCGAGAUGCGGAUACAGACAGCGUCAGUACUAUGGUGGUACAUGAUGUGGAGGAGAUGAUGGGGAGCACAUCUGACAGUUCCUAUGGAGACGGCACCAUGGUUGUUCAGAGAACGCCGGAGGAGGAGCGUAAUCUGCUUCAUGCUGACAGUAAUGGAUAUACCAACCUGCCUGAUGUGGUGCAACCGAGCCAUUCACCCACCGAGCCCAAGGGCACGUCUCCCAGCAAGGAGGGCAACGGCUCAGAUUACCAGUCUCGUGGUUUGGUGAAAGCACCUCCCAAAACCUCAUUUACAAUGUUUGUAGACCUGGGACUGUAUCAGUCAUCGGGGGGAGGAGGAGACACGAUUCCCGUAGCAGCGUCCUAUGUGAGUGGAGACCCAGCCCGACUGGAGCAGCUGAAAUACGAAGCCCGGAAGGGAUCUGUGGUGAAUGUGAAUCCGACCAACACGAGGCCACACAGCGAUACGCCAGAGAUCAGAAAGUACAAGAAGAGAUUCAACUCAGAAAUCCUUUGUGCCGCUCUUUGGGGGGUGAACCUGUUGGUCGGCACAGAAAAUGGACUGAUGCUAUUGGACCGCAGUGGUCAGGGCAAAGUAUACACCCUGAUUACCCGCCGACGCUUCCAACAGAUGGACGUCCUGGAGGGACUCAACUUGCUCAUUACUAUAAGUGGUAAGAGGAACAAGCUGCGGGUGUAUUAUCUCUCUUGGCUGCGCAACAAGAUCCUCCAUAAUGAUCCUGAGGUGGAGAAGAAGCAAGGCUGGAGCACAGUGGGAGACAUGGACGGCUGUGUGCAUUACAAAGUUGUAAAAUACGAGCGCAUCAAGUUCCUUGUGAUUGCACUGAAAAACUCUGUAGAGGUUUACGCCUGGGCCCCUAAACCCUACCACAAGUUUAUGGCUUUUAAGUCGUUUACAGAUAUCCCCCACCGGCCCCAGCUGGUUGACCUAACAGUGGAGGAAGGCCAAAGGCUUAAGGUCAUCUACGGUUCUUCAUCAGGAUUCCACGCUGUAGAUGUUGACUCUGGCAACAACUACGAUAUUUACAUCCCUGUCCAUAUCCAGAGUCAGAUUAAUCCCCAUGCCAUCAUCUUUCUGCCAAACACCGACGGCAUGGAGAUGUUACUGUGCUACGAGGAUGAGGGAGUCUAUGUGAACACCUACGGCCGUAUCAUUAAGGACGUGGUGCUGCAGUGGGGAGAGAUGCCCACCUCUGUUGCGUAUAUUUGCUCCAACCAGAUCAUGGGCUGGGGAGAAAAGGCCAUUGAAAUCCGCUCAGUGGAGACGGGACACCUGGAUGGAGUCUUCAUGCACAAGAGAGCUCAGCGGCUGAAGUUCCUGUGUGAGCGAAAUGACAAGGUGUUUUUUGCCUCGGUGCGUUCCGGCGGGAGCAGCCAGGUGUAUUUCAUGACCCUGAAUCGCAGCUGUAUCAUGAACUGGUGAGAGAGAAGAGCCUGUGAGGCUGGAAGCAAGAGAGUGCUCUCCCCAUACCCUACACACUGGAGUCCCCUCGUCUUUUUUUUUCUUUUUUCAACUGCCCCUGUUCCGAUGCUUCUUAACUCCAGACUACAGUGCCUCUUGUUUGCUUUUAGUUUGGCUGCAGUCUAAUUUAUUGAGGUGUUCUCUAACACUAGAAGCCCAGCACACCUCCAGUUUUCAAUGGAUAAAGGGGAUAAAGAGAUGGACAGUGAUUUGCCCUGGGCUCAGGGAAUGUGCCAACGAGCAUUCUGGUUGGUCAAUGAGGUCCUUCCCUGAGCUCUUUAGAUAAACCCCACCAAGCUGCUAGGCACUUAGGUCUCACACAAUGAGCCGCAGAGUGAAGGUUCAUGGGACCUCCGAUGGGAGAUGACAGAUUUGCACGCUCACGGAUUCCUAUGAACGAAUAGGGUCACGGCGCUUAUAAAAUGCAGUUGACACUUUGAUAUAAAAAAAAAAAGAAGAUUCCCAUAAUCGAGUUUAAUAUAAAGGCACUUUAUCAGCUGUAUAAUUACUAGCAGUCACAAUCAGGGGGCCCUGGUGUAAAUGAAGAACCGAGUCGUUUUACACCGGCGCCCUCUGUCCUCCUUCAGCUUUAAGUGGCGUGUUUCUUACCUUUAGUUUGUUUGUCUAAUCUGCCGGCCAGGCUCCGGGGCGUUCUCCUACCUUACUCUUUCAGCCUCACCUUCUAGGUCCGCUUGUAAUUGGGGGAAAAAAGUGUGUGGGGUGUUGCCUUGUGGCGCUUUGUCGCUGUGUGUGUUUGUCGGGGUGCGGUUGCACAGCCAGACUUCCGUUAAUGUGGGACGAGCAGUGAACAAGCUUUUAUGGAAACGACUGGACUUUAACAUGCUCAGAAGAGACGUUCCCCGCCUCAAAUAUUUAGCAGGGCCAAGCGCCUCUCUUCUAAGGGGACAUGGAAAGCUUCUAGAGUAACGCGUCAACUUUCCUACUUCAACCCGCUCUGUGAGAGCAAAACUAGUGGCGCCUCCCUGCGGGCAAAGCCAAAUUUCACAAUGCCGAGACUGAACCAAAAAAAAAAAACAAACAAAAACUUUAAAAAGUGGCUUUUAUUUACAAAUAAUCUUUUAUUCCCUGGUGAUUUCAACUUGGCCGGACAGAGGGUGACAAUCGCGGUGUUCGAUGACGUGGGACGGAAUCGUUAUUUUUGUAAACCGACAAGACAGAUUUAGGAGGUAAUACAAAAAAAUACAAAAAUAUUUUAUGUAGCAAAUUGUAUAAAGGUUGGAUAUGAAAACGGAGGAAUGACGAAGAGGGUGAUGUUAUUGCUCUUCAAAUAAAAUUAUGUCUGCUACUAAUA